AUGAUACGGGACGUUUUCGCAGCAAAGGGAUUCCUCGUUGAUGUUCACUUGCCGCUGGAUUCCGAGUCAACGAAACACGCGGGUUUCGGCUAUCUCCAUUUUCCAUCAAUCCAUGCCGCAAGUGCAGCUUUGGAUGCUUUGCAAGGGACACACAUUGACGGACAUUCGAUCAAUCUUGAGUUCAGCGAUCAUUCACCAAUCAAGACCGUACGUCCUGAGCAGUACUCAGAGCAGACCGUUGCUCCUGAACCAUCGGAACUGCAAAGCUCCACCAUUGUACCCACGGAAACCAAGUUGGAAAGGGUAGUUGAAUCUAACGAUGACAGAGAGCCACCCACUACGGCCAUAGAGAGAUGGUCGGUUCCUCUAAGCGUGGCAGAUCUAUGCUCUAGUGAGAGAAGUGCAAUGCAAGCGCCAAAAGGAAAAGAAGUUCUGAGCACUACGCCGGACGGAUUUCCUCGCCUCACUCGUGACUCGGAUCAUGGACCUUUCCCUCCUGUUUCUCAGCUAGAUGCCCAUGUUCUAACCAAUCAGCGUCGAGAUGGAGAAUCACAAAGAGGGCAGUUAUCUCCAGGCAAACGUCAUUUAGAACACGAGAAUGGCUUCUCCGGUCAAUGUUUCAAAGUGCAGAGCCCGCCGGGCUCGUUUCCUGAGGAUGAUAGCGAUGAAACGCGUCCAGGUCCAUCCUCCGGGCCAGCUAAGCCUCGUCGCUCAAAGAGCAUGAGAUUCUCCGGGCAAAGCGAAACUGGAAGCCCAGCAAAGCCUUUAAGGCGCAGGGCGACCGAGCGUCACUCUCUUCGAAGGGAGUCUCGUAAUGACCAAAGUGGUUUCCAUGAUAUGGCAUGUGCCUACGACAAUUAUACCACUACUUUUGGCAAUUCCCCUUCUCGAAACGUCCCUCAGCUGCAAGCUUCGGCCACGCUGCUUGAUGGAGAUGUGCAGCAGGCAGAUGCGAGGCAACGCGCGAUUGAUGAGUGCGUGACCGCUCUAGUCGGCCUAGGGUAUGGAAGCACAAGUGCCGGUGGUUAUCAACGGAUGGCUGUAUAUGCGGCCGCGGCAGAUGGCAGAAUAUCUGAUGCAAUUGAUUUGAUCGAGGAAGAACGUAAGGUUUAUGAGCAGCAUGGAUCUUUGAUAUAG